CUCACAAUACAUCCGGAAAUUAAACCAGAGGCCGAUAUGCAGAAGCCUCUUCAUCCACAAGUCUACUACUAUCUACGAGUUCCUACCGGGGAUGAGAUUCAUUCCUUACUAACACUAUCGCUAGAAGGAAAGCAGAAAGUACGCGAUCGACAAGAGCUUCAAAAUAUUCGAGAAGCACGAACGAAUGUCGAAGAAGUAGAAGAGUCACAAAAUGAAGGAAAUCUAAUUCCACUGAAGGAUCUGCAGGCUCAACAAGAUCAAGGAUCUGGCGCAUAUUCUUCUUCGAAGUCAAAAGAUGGGAAGAAUUCAGAGAAGCAGGACUCUUCAUCUUCAAGAGUUCAAGCUUCUGACUCAAAACAUCACGCGUCAGCACCUACCUUGAUCAGUGAAUCCGCUCAAGAGCCGAAAUCUAAAAAAGCUAAAGUGGAUGUCCCGAAAGGAAGAGUUCCGACUACUACAGCUUCGGUCUCUGUUGACAAAACUGCUGCGCCGAACCUUUCUAGUAGUACUAAAUGCACUAGUAAGGCAGGUAAAGCGACAAAAAUAGCUAAUCAAAGCCAAAAGCUUUCUUGUUCUUUAACAACAAAGUCAAAGAAGCCCUCAGCUACCACUAGUACUAGUACCUUGAAGCGGCAGCCUACUUCAUCUCCCAUCGUGGACAAGAAGAGGCAGAAACCAGAAAAGCCAGUAGAGGCGACAAAAGACGAAGGAAAGAAAAAGGCGAAGGCUAAAGCUCACAAUCUCAAUCAGAGGAAGAAAGCGUCUGGUGAUUCUUGGCUCGUGGCUGAAGAAGAGGAUCUCCGCCUUUAUUCUCCAUCUCCUCCAAAACAGGACAAUGCAAAUGCCGCUGCAGAGAUCGAAGCGGAGACUGGUUUUCUAGAAGAUCAAGGUGAUGGAGAAGACGCUGGCUUGUUUGAUCCAGACGAAUCCUUCGAACAGCACGGCAUCAUCGAUGAGGACGUUCAAGACGAUUGGGGAAAGCCCGAGUAGAUUCUAUUGAUUUUCUGUUAAAGUUAUCACUUUCUGAACCUCAAAAAAUGUUUCAUUAAAAAUGACCUGUAAAACGAGCUUCCUGAUCUCUUCCUGAUCUCACAUCUAAUCAUUAAUUUAUAAGCCUGUUUAGUUAAGAUCAGGAAGAGAUCAGGAAUAGAUCAGGAAGUCCAUUUUUGAGGUAAAAUCCUCAGAAGCGUACUUUUCAGCAGAAAAAUGGAGUAUACCAUGCGGGAAGAUCUGAUCCAACUGCUCAGUUUUGAGACCUCAGCUUUUGCCGUUUUGGGAAGCCCUGUUUCUGAGCCUCCAAAUCGGCAAAUUAUAAGGCGCUGGGACGUCUCAAAUCCUGACGUCUUUGCUAAUCCCACUUUUUCCAACAUGAUGAAGCAACUUUUGUCCUUCUUAUCGACCUCAUAGUGGGCGAAGAGAAGCAAUCUUUGCCGUGGCCCUUCUCUGAAAAGGGUCUGCUGAGCACCUUAUAUUCUCAAGAAUAGAUGCAUCAAAAAGUCGAUAGCUGACGCAAGCUAUACUUCCCGCACCUCUUUCUAUUUCUCUCUUUCCAGGUAAUUACUGGCUCGCUGGCGAGUGCCAGAACUGUGCAGUUUAGCAGAUCUAGAAUGGGAACUUCACUGACAAGGUCGCCGCUUCGUGUGCAGGAAGCUGGCAAAGAGCCAGGCGAGACCGAAGGAAGAAGUUGAGUUUUGAACUGGAGGAGCAGAAUCAGUAAAAGAGAUGAAAAUAGAGAAACAAAAGUCAUCUUCAUCCAAUCCUCAUAGUGUGAUAGAACUUUUUUUGGAAAUGAACUAUUUACUUUCUAUUCUGGUUUCAUACUUUGAUAUAGUCUAGUCUCUUUCUUCUGAUUUCUACAUCGAUUCCUAAUUUCAAGUGUUUCCUGCAAUAGUAUUCACAGGCACAGUAUUUUUGCGUAUUGAGAGAAAUUUUGCAAGCAAGGACUCGGUAUCUGGAGCGUUCUUGUGUUUCUUCCUCAAUGCAACAGACGCGUAGUAUUCUCUUGCGAUACCAGUAUGGAUGUGCGUUGUCAACAUGUCAGUUAGGCUAUUCCACAAGCAAGGCAAAGAUGGCGUUAAGUAGGAGUCCUGAGAUGAAGAAAUUG